AUGCCGCGACUUGCGCCGGCGAUACGCCGGGUGAGCCCUCGACUCUGGUCGAGGCCAGCGGUUGAAACAAAUGGACGUCCAGCAGCGCGGCGAUGGCUUUCCUCGGGUGAUUUGGCCAUGCUGAAAACCAGCCGGCACGUGUUUUCCCGACGAGAUACCGGUCUAUCACCGCUCUUGCACUUGCUCUCUUUUGAGGAUGAGGUCAGCAAGAGCAAGGACCCACCGCCGGAGGCUGGACCGCUCUUACAAGCUGCCUCGCGCCAGGAUGAGGACGUGAGUCUCAAAGAUCUUGUGCAUGAAAUUGUCGGUGACAAUAUCGAUCGGCAAACUGCCCUUCAGGUCCAUUGCCGGCGCGCAGCUGGCCAGUCUUGGUUUGGCUCGGGCAUGGGCGUCGCGAGUGCACACACCAUCCUAGCCUGGCUGGCGGAAUGGCAAGGCGAGGUCUCUGCCGCUGCCGAGCACGCCCACGAAGGGUUCAAGGCCCUGGCUUUAGAUCUUGGGCCCCGCUCGACGCCCGAGGGCCUCGAGUAUCACCGCGACCUGGCGGCAGCCAUGCGUCUCAAUGUCAACCCGGAUGACGAGGUUGAAACUGACCUUCAUGAAAUUUUCCUGGCCGAUGCGGGCGCGCACAUGGCCCAUGCUCUUCUGCUGCAAGUUAUCGAUCAGGCCCCAGUCCCGCAACCCGUGGCGUCCGCUGCGGCACGCCGCAGCUCGCCGCCCUCGCCGCCCUCAUCGCCCCCCUCUGGCUCAACCUCGACGCCCGGUGUCAACGAUGAACAGCAAUUGCUAGACCUCUUGUGUGGGCGCGCCCACCUGGACCUGAGCAGCCCGUCGAGAACCCCUUCCGUUAAUUCUCACUCUUCAGUGGCCUCCUGGGCCGAGGAACAGGUGGCACCCCUGAGCAACCUUCUGCUGCGUGCCUUGCUCCUGCUUGGCAGCUUGACCAAGCACCCCAUGGAGUGUCGCGCGCAGUAUCUGCAGGCACAGCUGGAUUUCGCGCUCGCUGCUGCUCUGUUGGGCUCUCCGCGCACCUUUGUGCAUGCGGCAGCCCAAGCUCUGUUCGUGGCUCGAGAGCUUGACGACAACCAUGCCCUGAGUCCGGCACUGCGGAUCGCCAGCUGUCAGAUUGGCCACGUUCUUCUGGCCUGGACAGCCGAGCAAAUGGACCCGGGCACUGCCCGCUCUGGGCCCAUGACUGAGACACUCUUGGACCUGGCACAUUGGACCGCCCUAGCUCACAGCCAAUCCUUGGUGACUUGGAACCAAAUUUUGUUUUUGGAUCAUGGGCGCUUCGCCGUGCCACCUUCCAAGCUGUUGGCUAACCGGGUUCGACUUUUGAGCCUCGCCAGUCAGCGCCCUUUUGCGGCUGCCCCGCACGUUGACUUGGACAGCCAGGACAUGCAAGUGCUUGAGCUGGGUCUUCAGGUCUGGCCCACCUUUCACGAAUCUAGGAUCUCCCGCUGGGGCCUCACCCCGGACAACGCCCUUCACUUUCCCCGCGUGUCGCCCCGAGCCAAGAUGGAAGUUGAAGCCAGCUUCCGACCCCUGGUAGCCCCCCUUCCUCGUACAUCCACGCGCCAGGGCGCAACCUCACCGGCCAAGCCCUUGGCUCGUUCCAGUUGUGCCUUUGAGCAAGGCGAGGCUUGGUUUUGGCUGGCGCUCGUGGCCUCGGGCCGGCAUCACCUGCGUGGUUGCCUUCAAGCCGUUGCCGAUCGUCUAGCGCUCUAUGGGCCCUGCCUGCCAGCCGUGCAAGAGGCACGAGCCCUAGCCGUGGCCGUUACGCAGGGACAAACAGCUUCGACCGGUGGCUCUUCUGGCUCCUCGAACCUGCCGGUGGCCAGCCCCGUGCAUCUGCCAAAUGUCCUCAAACGCCGCCGUCACGUGGACCUGCCUUUGCUUCAAGAGGCGUGCGAUGCAGCGCAUGCAACCGCCUUUACGUCUCGCAACCUGAUCCACCGACAAAAGUUGGACCUCCAACUCCUCGAGUACGCCACCCUACUGGAUGUGAGUCCGACUGUUUUGGUCAACCUGUGGAUGUUGCACUUGUAUGUGCAACAUCAUCUGUACCCGCUCUUGCACGAUCCCAAGGCCAUCCCGCCCGUGGUCCGCGCCCACAACGAGGCUGUUUUCCAAGCCAUGUUCACCAUGACCAUGCAAGUUUUGACCGCGGGGGGGCAAGUCAGCCUGAAAGAUCUCCUCUACGGCGACUCUAUGGGCUUUUCCGUUGAACAGGCGCAGCUCGUCUGUUGGUUCUACGAGAACAACGGUGCCGUCCUGCCCCGUCUGAACAGCAACGACCAAACCCUCUCAAGCCAGCGAGACUUGGUGCUCCAUGGUCUGAAACUCUUUCGUGGUGCCGUGUUGGAAGCGCAGGCCAACAGUGCCACUCGCGAAGCUCUCAGUUGGCUCUUUGGUCGACGCUAA